UGACCCGGCUCCCGCCGCGGCGCAGCCAUGAGCCCCAAGGGCUGCCUGAGAGCCACCAAGACCUUCCUCUUCCUCUUCAACCUCUUCUUCUUCGUGCUGGGCGGCCUCCUCCUGGCUUUUGGGCUCUGGAUCCUCUUCGAUCGGCAGAGCUUCGCCACGGCGCUGGGCUCGGCGCUCUUCAGCCUCCACGCCUGGUCGUUCGUCUUCUGCGGCGUCGGCACCGGCACCAUGGCGCUCGGCUUCCUUGGCUGCCUCGGCGCCCUCAAGGAGAUCAAGUGCCUGCUGGGACUGUACUUCGGGUCGCUGCUGCUGCUCCUGACUGCCCAGAUCACGCUCGGGGUCAUCGUGUACACGCAGCGCGUCUCCCUGGGCGCGCGGGCGGCGGAGCUGGCGCUGGAGCUGAUCCGCGGGUACCCGGCGCGGGAGCCGCCCGGGGGGGGGCACCAGAGCUGGGACGCGCUGCAGCACCAGGUGGGGGCCGGCGCCGCCCCGGACCGCCCUGAGCCCCCCCGACCGCCCCGAACCGCCCCAAACCCGCCCGAACCGCCCCGAACCUGCCCCAACUCCGCCCCGACCACCCCGAACCGCCCUGAACCCGCCCAAACCAUCCCAAAGCAGCCUAAACCCACCCCAACCCCCCUGAGCUGCCCCAAACCCACCCUGAGCUGGCCCCAAACCAUCCUGAAAUGCCCCAAAUUGGCCCACCCCCCCCAAACUGGUCUGAACCAGCCCCGAACUGCUGCAAACCCACCCAACGGGCCUGAACCGGCCCAAACCGGCCGGACACCCGCCCCGGCCGCGCCCCGGCGCCCGUGCCGAGGGCCCCGCUCCUGCCCCGCCGCCGCCCCACUGCUGCCCCCCGCCGCCCCCCAGCUGCGCUGCUGCGGCUGGGCCGGGCCCCAGGACUGGGCCCAGCGCCCGGCGCCGCGGCCCGACGCCUCGGCCGCCAUCGCCUGCUCCUGCCUCAACGCCUCGGCGCCCGCCCGGCCCCCCGGCGCCCUGCCCCACGGCCUCUGCGCCGCCACCCCCGGGGACGUGUACCCCAGCGGCUGCGCCGAGGGCGCCCAGGCCUGGCUGCGCGAGAACCUCAUCGCGGUGGUGGGCGCCUGCCUGGGCGUCGCCCUGGCGGAGCUCUGCCUCAUGAUGCUCUCGAUGUUCCUCUUCCGCAACCUGGACCCCGAGGACGAGAAGCUGCUGCGGUACCGCUAGGGCCGGCCGGGGGGGCCCGGCCCGGCUCCCCCCCCCGCGGCGUCGCUUCCCCUUCCCCCCCCCCUUUUUGCCCCAAUUUGUAAUAAAAGCGUUGAGCCCCCCCGCCCCGGGCGGUGCGUGCGGGGGGGCCGGAGCGG